AUGGCUUUGAACACCCUUGCUGAUGUUGGAGAUGAUGCACCUAAUUACCAAUUACGUGGUGUUGAACAAGUAUCUCCAAACACUGGAACAAAGAGAUAUAUUCCAGAUUCACCCUCUUCGUUGACGCCAGCAGAGGGAAUGUUAUUCGACACAGUUGAUGACGCGUAUAACUUUUAUAAAACUUACGCAGAAGCGGGAGGUUGGACUGUAAGGAAGGGCACACAGCACGAGAACCGUGGUAUUGUAAUAAACAAGUACUUUUUUUGUUCAAAGGAGGGUCAAAAAGACUUUCGACCGGUCGAUACCUUAGUUGAACAGCCGUCUGAUAGGUGGGUACGUAGGGUACCAUCCAAAAGGACCGGAUGCCAAGCUGCGAUCAGAAUAAAGCUUACCGAUGCUAAGAAGUAUUUGCUGUAUCAUUUUAUAGAGGCGCACAACCAUGAUUUUGUGCAUCAAGAAGAUUUACAUCUUCUCAAGGAAAACAGGGGUAUUAAUCGUGCUCACGAAGAGAUGAUAAACAAGAUGUCACAUCUCAACAUUGGUCCUGUUCGUGCAUUUAACAUUAUGAAGGAAGUGUAUGGUGGGUUCGACAAAGUCGGUGCGACCAAAGUCGAUUUUAAAAAUUUCAAGAAAGAAUUAAAUCUUUUUAUCGGAGAGUUUGAUGCGGAAAUGUUUGUCAAGCGACUGAUGAGGAAAAAGGAGUUUUUACCGAACUUCUCUUGUGAAUAUGAAACGACAGACGAAGGUGUGUUGAAGUGCAUUUUUUGGGCCGACGAGGAUAUGAAGAGAAAUUAUUAUAUGUUUGGGGACGUUAUAUCAUUUGAUGCUACCUACAAGCGUAAUAAGUAUAACAUGAUGUUUGUCCCUUUCACUGGGAUUGAUAAUCAUAAUAGGAAUGUGACACUUGGUGCUGCAAUUCUCGGUUCUGAAACGGCAGAGACGUAUAGCUGGUUACUUAGGGCGAUCAAGAACGCAUAUGGGUACGCGCCUCCCGUAAUCGUUACUGACCAGGACCCUGCGAUGAAAAAGGCUAUAGCGGAUGUUUGGCCUGAGUCGAGGCAUCGAUUAUUGUAA